AAUUUUUCACGUACCCUGAAUAAAGUGAAAGCUGAGCAAGAGGGAUGGGGUGCAACCGAUUGUGAUGACACUAGUGACGCUUUGCUGCGACCUCAGUCCCAUUCUCCUCCAAAUCACUCCCUUCGGACCAGUUCUUCGACAUUUCGAGAUUUACGUUGUUCAACCAAUGAGCUGGUUCCACUUCCAUCGGCCAGCGUUGGCCAAUCCACACGGACCGAUCGAACAUCACGCAAUUCCUCUCAUCAAAUAGAUCCCGGUUCUCCUCGAUUGUUGACUGAUCAUCCCUUGGUGCUUUCGUCUGUGACCUCUCUUUCUUCCGCUCUGCCUCAUCUUCGCAUGACUCCCGUGUCCGCCAAUGACAGUGACCCAACCCACGCUUCGUCCAAAGCUUUAUCGCCCAGCACAGACUUCGAUCUCAUUUCCAGUAACUGUCGUUCCCUCAGUACCACCAGUACCACAUGGACCACGGGUCUCCCAACCAUCUUGUCCAUUGCUUCUAGUUUGAAGGAUGUGUACGCCGAUCGCCGCACGUUAGAUCAUGUGAAUCCUGAACACAAUCAUCUAAUCCAUCCCAGUGACCUGUCACUCUCGUUGCACGCACCCAACUCACCGCAUUCCACUCAUGCUUCCGGUCAUCAAUCCCUUUUCAGUUUGGAUACCCGUAAUGGUACGAAUGGGGAAAUGCCGCCGAGUGAAGACAGUCCAUCCAUACUUCUGCGUUAUACUAUUCCAGAUACGACCACAGUUGACCCAACCAGUCCGGUGGGUUCCGGAACAUCUUACGGAACAAAUACCGAUGGGACAGUGGCUGUGGCAACAACCGCAUCGACGGUAAACGAUAAUAGUGGUCGCAAUAGUCACAGCAAAAGUCACACUUCACCACUUAGUGUGUGUCCGCCUUUGCAGAAUACCAACUUUGCUCGUGAUGACAUCUACACCAGCUCGGAUUCAUCAUCACUUACCUCGAGUAUCGGUCUUCUGCCGUCCAUAUUAUCAACUGGCACAGCUAACGCGCACAGUCCGCUUGGUCUGUCCUCUGCCGGGAAACCGCAAGCUGUCGCGUUUGUUUUCACGUCCAACGGUGCUGUGACCACUACUGCGGUCCCUGCAUCAAUCAAUCAGGGACGUAUCGUCCGUUCUUCCGAUGGAAAACAGUCCUAUGCUCGAUUAACUCCCGGUUCAACGGUAUCGUCUGUCACCACUGACCAAAUCUUGUCUCGCGUUGCUUCGACGACUAGCGGUUCUUCUGCCCUAGGUUCCAUGGGUAUCCUUCAAGAUUCAACUACCGGUACGCUGUUGAUUAACUCUGGAUCACAGCUUCACCAAUUGUCCGCACUGUACCCGGGUCUGAACGGUGCGUUAGACAUGGUGGGUUCCGAUGAACUACAACAGAACUUUGUCUUCCAUCCGAAUUUGAACGGGGACAACGGGGUCCCACUGACCUUUGGUACUCAUCUAAACACCGGUUUGUCGGAGCCCUCAUCCUUCCUGGGAAGCCCUCAAAUGUCUACCGGUACCACAAAUGGGAAUAAAAAUCCAGAUGAUUGUACCACCACUGAUCUGCUACGAUCGGAGACGACGAACGGUUCCGUUUUAUGUUCUGGGGUUCCGUUUUCGCGUAUGGGUCCCAUUGUAGGGUCAAGUCAGAAUACGGCCUCAGAUAGCGUCUCCAACAUCGUGGUAUCAGACACCACGGGUUCUCAUUUGACCCCUUUUAAUAACCCGCAGUCGAAUACCACCGGCUCCUCAAAAAAGACCAAACGGUCGGGAAGAAAGGCACGCUCAUGCCGUAAUUCGAAUGAUGCGCAACCGUCAGUCAACCAGUCCGGUAUGGUGUCAUCUAUCAAUGACAGUAGUGCCGGUCCAAAUGCAUAUGUCACUCCCGCCCAGUUCUCCUCAGAUGUUGUCUCGAAAUCUGGCUCGAAGCGUGGGAGAGAAUCUUCCGACGCUUCCGAUCCGCUUAACCCGGUUUUAUUCCAUACGGUACAAUCCAUCAGGGACCCGGGUUCUUAUCAGUGCCCUCCAAUGUCUAGUGGUCAACUGGUAUAUAUGACUGAUACCGAUCGUACUGUAUUGGUAAAACAGGAGGCCCCGGUGCACGGGACUGACAUCAUGGACGAUGGCAGUACACACUCGGAUUCCAUCAGUGCGGACACAGGUGGUGGAACACAAGGCCAAAGUGGUUGUGCUGUUACAAACGCCUCCGGUCAAACACCACCAUCGUCAGUGGAUGAUUUGGAUCAACAUCAUUUGAAACUAGAAAGGAAACGUGCGCGAAACCGAGUAGCCGCUCGGCGCUGUCGUGAAAGAAAAAUCACUCUAAUUCGGGCCCUAGAGAACCAGGUUGCCGAACGUGAUGCACACGUGCGUUGCUUGGAAGAUCUACUGGCUCGAUAUCGUUCUGAGGGCGAACGAUUACGUAAACAUAUGGAGAUUCUCGCCAAUUCCUAUCCCAGUUUAAAAGCCGAAUUGUACCAGUAUCCGGUUUUAUUCCAGCAGCAGCAACAGCAGCAGACACAGUUACAGCAACAUAAUACCACUGCGGCGUCAGAACAGCAACCAUCUGGUUUAACACAGCCUAACGUCACGCAGAUCCCUGAACGUGUCAGCACUAAGCAUUUUUCUUGA